AUGGAAGACGACGGCAAGUUGCCUGUGACCGUGGCGAAGAAUGACACGGUGGCCGCUCACCGUCCGGUCUCGGCAGCUGUCGAGCUGGUCAGCGAAUGGGCGCUCCUCACCGCCUUCGGCAUCGCCUUCGCCCCCGCACUCGUCGUCUACAUACUCUACUACUUCCACGUCCACUGCACCCCGUCCUCCAUUGUUCUGCGGUGCGUCGACCUGACGGACGCGGUGGCCGCCGAAAAGGCCGCCCUCUGGGACGGGAUCCUCUGCUGCGCGGUGGUCCAGUCGGCCGCGGCGGUGCUGGCGCUGCUGCUCCCAUCCCGCCGGAUCCGCCACGGCCUAGCGUUCGUCGCGCUGGUGGCCGCCAUCCUCGGGCACUGCAUGUACGCCACCGGCGUCCGCCUCAUCCUCUCCGCAGAUCCAGGGUACCUUUUCUACAGGAUCUCCUGCACCAUCGCCAUCUUCAUACUCGCCGUCGGCGACGUCGUCAUGACCAUCGUGCUCCUCCUGGGACCGGGAGGUGAGGACUGA